CUGCGUCGGAUGAGAAACACUCAACCAUCACAUUCAUUAUACUGUUCAUCCACUCGGAUUUUACAUCCAAAAGCAUGUGCACUAUCUCAUUCUUCCAAAGUACGUCUGUCCAUCCACUAUUAAAUGCAUGGAUACAGUCCAUCCAAAAGUAUGCGAGGCUCACAAAGAAACUUCAACGCAACUGCCGUGUGACAUUACUGCAAUUGCUAUUUUCACGACGACAGAGGCGGCUUUGAGAUUGCGUUGCUAAAUUCAAGGUACCCUAAACCCAUGAGCUUCGUGUGAUGAUUCGCCUUACUCGAUGAGGUGUAAACGAACCAAUAAUCGCGUCGAAGUCCCCGAUUGAACCCAAAAAAAUUCAUUAAUACUUCAUGCUAAUUCCAUAAAUGUAGAAAAUACUCAUAGGGAAGCGCCGUUGGAUGUUGGGUAGUCUGAGAUGGCUCCAUGGGGACAACUGCGCCUUCAAAUCCCACAAUCUAAGCGAGAAUUGGAAACGUGCCGAUCCUCUCUUCCGAAAUUUGGCAUCCACGGAUGUGUAAUGUCUCGUACUGUUCACCCCAGCAGAGCCUCGCCGACCAAGAAUUGAUUUAAAACUGCUCCAAUUCACCUCAACAGUUGUAGAAUAUUUGAGUACGACGUGCGGCGUCAACAUGCAGUUCUAUAUAUAAAUUAUAUGGUAGUUGAGAUCGGGGUCCGGUUCACUUUCGAUCCUACCGUUCAGGACCAGUGCUGGCUUCAAGUACCUCAAGCGCUGCAUAAGACUAAUCGUUGUUGAGGGUGUAUCCACGACCUCUUGGAAUUUAAACUGAGAUUCGCAGCAUCGGUUGGGACAAAGUCAACGACGGGGACAUGGUAAUGUGGCGAAGGCUUGACCCGCGUCAACCUCCGCGGGAUGGAAGUCCACCGGUCUGACUUUCGAGUGGCGGUAGUAUAUCAUAUACCAUACGUAUCAUGUACACCAAUACCAUAAGCUCCCAUUUGUUAUAAUACGCCAAAACGCAAGAACCAGAAUGGUAACGAACUGUUUUGUUGGAAAUCCUCAGCCUGCCCAGAAGAUAUGACUGCCUCAAUGCCAGAAGUCCCUCGAUCGCGGCGAGCUCGGUAACACUGUCGGUACGCAAGUCCGUGAUCAUCCGAGGUCACAUGGACAGCGAUCUCCCCCCCCCCCCUUCUGCCUACAGUGUCGUCGUUGCGACUCCUCUCUGUUUCGCACACUGGUUUCUGCUUAUCCCCUACACAGCGAAGCUCAUGUACAAAUCUCUCCUUGAAUGCUGAGCUGGGUCAUUCCGAGCGGUCUGCUACCUGUUGCAUGCAGACGGUGAGUUGCGGCAUCAUAGUGACAAUCUCUUAAUGUUCUACGUCUUCUGGGUGUCUUGAAAUUUGUUUUGAGAGAUGCUGUGUGACGUCUGAGGGUUUUGUUAACCACAGCGCACCAACUGGUUCCAGGGAGUUUUUGUUUUGUGGAUCAGGUUUGGUUGUGGCUCUUCAUUGUCAAAGGAAGUCGUGCGCCUAGAUACUUCGUGCUGUAGGGACUCGAAAAUUCUGUCCAAGUGCUUCCAGCAUGAGUGAAAGUAGCAGCGAAUUCUGGGUGACGCGUUAGAUACUCGUCAGGGUUCAUGAAGAGAGGGAUCUUGAACAUUUAAGUUUGCAACUCUCCGUGUUUUAUCCUUCCUGUUCAUCUUGGAUCUAGCUCUGUGCUUGACCAAGAUUUCCAAAUCUCGUUCACGACCAAUCCAAUGACGAGAGUUGUUUUCCGAGCAGUGCUGUCGCUGGCAUUGUUGAUGUUAGCAGUCAGCGCUCAUCACUCGGGUCCCAAAAUGUCCUUCUUCAACUAUUCGGGGAUGCAAGCGACCAUCAGCUGCGAGGAUCAUUCAUCUCAAAUACUAGAAGCGGGAGAAACGUACUUUUUUCCGCUGACGCGCAGUGAUCAGGCUUGCAUUGUAACACUCAAGGAUGGGGAUCACGCCUCAGCCUCAAUUAACAAGCUGUUUCCUAGCUCUUCCGAUAACGGCCAAUCGGUAUCUGUGGAUAUCAAUGACACCUUCCUUUUCUUUGCUGUUGACAACACGCCACUUCAUGAGUACGUUAACUUCCACGACACACACAACGAACAGAUCCGAGACGAGAGCUCCUUCGAUCUUCUGCUUUGGUCGAUGGAGAAUGCUUCAGAUGACUGAACUGAAAAUGCGAAGCACGCGGCAUGAAGAAACUCUAGAUGUUUCAACCAGAAGGAUCUUGCGACGCAGUGGCAGACAGUUAUAAUAACUUGGUAGAACCAGCAGCGAUAACCGAAGCGGAGUCUCCUCCAUGAAGGUCCACUGCGAACGUUAAGAUCUACAGUUUCCUGUCAUGAAUAUUAGGAACUUUAGAUCUUGGUGUGAAAUGAGCCUGUAACACAACGCGUGGAAUCCAGUUCCCAGCACACAGUGAGUGGAUCUAAGAAAAUUUUGAUCGUCGAUCCUUAUAUAAACAGAUCUCCGCGAGAUGCACUUCAAGUUCAAAUAUCGGUAUAUAGUGUUGCUCUGCCGUGAAAGAUGGCAGGUUUUCAGAU